AAUUUCGGUGGUGGCGCUUUAACAGCAAGCAUUCAAGAUGGCGGCAGACAGAGCAGCGUUCAGCAACCCUGAGACUCCUGAAUAUGUUGGUUUUGCCAACCUACCAAAUCAGGUACACAGGAAGUCUGUCAAGAAAGGCUUUGAGUUCACUCUUAUGGUAGUAGGUGAAUCUGGUCUUGGCAAGUCUACACUGAUCAACAGCCUAUUCCUUACAGAUCUCUACCCUGAGAGACACAUUCCUAGUGCUGCAGAGAAGAUUGAUAAAACUGUGAGUAUCGAUGCGUCAACAGUAGAGAUUGAAGAGAGAGGAGUCAAGCUUCGUUUGACUGUAGUAGAUACACCAGGCUAUGGUGAUGCCAUCAAUAACAAUGACUGUUUUGAUCCUAUUCUAAAAUACAUUGAUGACCAGUAUGAACGUUACCUCAAUGAUGAGAGCGGUCUCAACAGAAGAAACAUUGUAGAUAACAGAGUCCAUUGCUGCUUCUAUUUCAUCUCACCUACUGGUCAUGGGUUGAAACCACUCGAUGUUCAAUUCAUCCAAGCUCUUCACAACAAAGUCAACAUUGUGCCUGUCAUAGCCAAGUCUGACACACUCACCAAGCGAGAACUUCUCAAGCUCAAACAUAAGGUACUUGAUGAGAUCCAUGACAACGGUAUCAAGAUCUACCACAUGCCAGAUUCAGAUUCAGACGAAGAUGAGGAUUUCAAAGAACACAACAAACAGCUCAAGGCUAGUGUACCAUUUGCUGUAUGUGGAUCGAGUCAGCUGAUUGAGGUCAAAGGAAGGAAGGUCAGAGGUCGUUUGUACCCAUGGGGUGUAGUUGAAGUUGAGAAUCCUGACCAUUGUGACUUUAUCAAACUGAGGAGUAUGCUUAUAGCAUACAUGGAGGAUCUAAAAGACGUUACCCAUGAGGUACACUACGAAGCCUUCAGAUCUGAGAAACUAGCCAAGUCAGGUGGUAGUGCUGCUAAGAAACCAGCUUCCAGUAGGAGAGCAGGAUCAACAUCAGAAGAACCUACGAGUGAGAAGGAUCGUAUGCUCUUGGAGAAAGAAGCAGAGCUACGUCGCAUGCAAGAGAUGUUGGCUCAGAUGCAGAAGCAGAUGCAGCAACAGGCUCAAACAGGAAGCCUCCAUUCUGAAGAAGUUUAGAAGAGAGAGAUAGAUGUACAAACAAUCAUGUAUUAUGAAAUCAUCUACUGCUGGAAUACUAUUGGGACCACCAUUGCUGUUACCAGAACCUUUACCACUUCCUGUUCCUCCGUCAUCAUUACUGGUCAAGAAGAUCAGCCAUCUGGAAAGAACUGAUACACUGUUGGUGUUGGUGUUAAGAACAUGAAUCAGGUUGUUGCGCUGAAGCUUUAACACCAGCUGUUGAUGUAGAAAACAAUACCUAUAGUAAUAAUGAUUGCUCAACUCCUACAUUAGCCCAAUUGUUUUGUGUUGCUGGUGUUUAUGUUAUAACACCAUCACCAGCCAUCAACACCAAACUUGAUAUUACCUUAAAUCUAACAGUAAAAUAUGUGUCAUAAAACAUCUACAGUUGGUGAACCCACAACAGGAAGUUUUUUAUUUUUAAUGAUCAAAAUAUUGGUGCUGUUACAAAGGUAAUGCCUGCAAGACCUGCCUGGAUGCAUACGAGAUACAUGCAAUGUUCAUUAUUGAUUUUAACUUACCGAAAGUUGCACCAAUUGUACAAUUCAUUGUAUCUUUUAUGUUACGGGGUCUUUAAGGGUCUAUGUGUAUAGUGAGUUAGAAAAUUUAGUUGAGUUUAUAGAAGUAUUUCAUAUGAAUGGAAAUAAAGAGAAUACAGUAAUGCCACCCUUCUUUAGACUAAUAAUGUUGAUAUUGACUACUACUCAUCUAAAUCCUUUGUCUAAUGUUAGCCCCGCGUGUAGACUAUAGAGUACAUAGAAGUGCCACAUGAAUACUCCACAGGGAGUAGCGAAUGUACAGACAUGGCUGGCAAACCCGGAAUCUGACAAUUAGGGAUUGCAUAACACAUUGAAUCAUUGUAUAUGUUGCAGAAUAUCAUUAUGUUAUUAUUUUGAGCAUUAUCAACUAGUGUCCAUCUAAGGUUUGAGGAAA